UUUCUCUAGCUAGCUAACUUUGAGAGCUGAACAUUUAGCUAGAAAUCAUGAGUAUAAUAAAGGUUUUUGAUCAGGAUUUUUGCAAGGGUCUCGAAAAUGUUCCAGUUUUACGAGAGGGUAAUGUCAGCAAAGAAGAAUAUCCUGCAUUUCAGGUAAAACUCUUUAUUGUAGCUAGUGGUAGCUGACUGGUUAGCCCAUCCAAUACAAAUAGCCAACUAUCUGUAAGAAAUAUGAAAAACCUGUCACUGUUUGUCAGGCACCAUUAUUCCACGUGCAUAAUUGUUUAUAUGGAUAAAGCAUAGUUACUUGGCCUAUGCUACAUUGUGAUAAUGAAACUAUUGGAACUUCUUGCAUUGGUGCUUGUAAACAGUUCUCUGUGAUGAGAACCAGGUUGAAGUCAAUGAAGAAGCAGUUUUCUUUAUAUUCAGGGGGAAUAACAAAGGUGCAACAACCUACUUCUUUGCAAUAGGAACAUUUAAAAAAAACUAUUCUUAGAAUCCCGUGUAGCUCAGUUGGUAGAGCAUGGCGCUUGCAAUGCCAGGGUGGUGGGUUCGAUUCCCACGGGGGACCAGUAUGAAAAUGUAUGCACUCACUAACUGUAAGUCGCUCUGGAUAAGAGCGUCUGCUAAAUUACUAAAAUGUAGAAUAAGCCACAUCAAGUCUGUUCUAGUACCUGUUCAAAAAUAAGUGAACUGCUGCCCUUCUAGCUACAACAAUAAAAAAACAUGAAGUUGAAACCAUUGAGGCCACAGCACAGACAACACAAUACUUCCCCUUUGUAUUGAUUUCUCAGUGAGUCUCACAUACUGUGGUUUGAGUGAAAAAAAUGAUAUAUAUUUAGAUUCUAUUUUUUGUGAGGGAAAACAAUUUCUAUAUACUUUCAAAUCGAAACUGUGUAGAAAUGAUAAUGCACCUACAUUUAUACAGUUACCUGACUGUGUCCAGCUCGCUAAUAAUCACCUAAAUUAAAGUUAGACAGUCAGGGAGGAUCGCAAAUUCCAAAUACGAUGGCUAGAGGACAAUCUUUUGCAAAUUUUGAUGGCGAGGAAAUAAUUUAUAACCAAUUCUCAGUGCGGCCCUACGGACCUCAUUUAAGACAAAAUGCGGUCCCCGGGGCAAAAUAAGUUUGCUGUAGACACAGGUAUAAAGAGCGAUGUAUAUCAUCAUUCAUGCUGUCUAAACUGUUUUCUGCCAGCUGGUGGCAGCACAAUGUCAUCACUGGCCACCACUUGGACUGUCUGGGUGAAAUAGAGAGAAUCUGAAAUAGGCUAACUACUGAAUCUUCGGAACUGCACCACUUUAACAAUCUCCUUUCUGUCUUUCUCUUUGAGAUUUUCACCAGGGCUUGCUUAAAGCAGCAUAGCUGUGCAGGAUUGGAUGCUAUUACAGGGAUGAAAAAACAUAACUUCUAUGUGGGAUUGAAAAAGCUUUUACUCUGUAACUAUUUCCUCUAACCAAGUUAUAUCCCCCAGAGCCAAAUACCUUGAGUGGUUGUUAUUUUUAUUUUUUUAUUGGUCUGAUUUACCUUUGUAUCUGAUUAAAAAAAAAAAAAAAAAAAUCUGUCCCCUCUCCUCCAUCUGUCUCUUUGGUUUCAGUAUUCUCCAGAGAACAUCCAGGGGCCAGGAUGUGACAUAGACCCCAGUGAGGUGACUCUUCCUGGAUGCUCCUGCCACGCCCACUCCUGCCUUAGAGAGAGCUGCUCCUGCCUGCAGACAUACGGACAGACAUACAGACAGACGUACGACAGCCACGGCCGACUCCAAGACCAGGGGGAUACAGAGACUGGUUACUGCAGGCCUGUGUUUGAGUGUAACGCCUUGUGUGGCUGUAGUGAGGCCUGCUGUAACCGGGUGGUCCAGAGAGGCCUGGGGCUCAAGUUGUGUGUCUACCCCACAGAAGACAGGGGCUGGGGGGUGCGAGCGCUGGAGCCCAUCCCCUGUGGAACCUUUGUGUGUGAGUAUGCUGGGGAGGUGAUCGGCUUUGAUGAGGCCAGACGCAGACAGCUUGCUCAGGGACCUGAGGACAACAACUACAUCAUUGCUGUGCGGGAGCAUGCUGGCCAGGGCCCGGUCAGUGAGACCUUUGUGGACCCAACUGUGGUUGGGAAUGUGGGGCGUUUUCUGAACCACUCCUGCCAGCCCAACCUUUUCAUGGUGCCUGUCCGGGUGCACUCCCUUGUGCCCAGUCUGGCCCUGUUCGCUGGCAGGGACAUCACCCCUCAGGAGGAGCUCACAUUUGACUACUCAGGGGGCUAUAGCAAUAUGCCCUCUGUGGAGAGGUUGGUUCAGAGUGACCCUUGGACAGAGGCCAGUGGGACAGGUACCCUCCAGAGGAAACCAUGCCACUGUGGUGCCCAGAACUGUUCCCAAUUCCUGCCCCUGGACAUAUCUGUUCUCAACAAUUAG